UUGAGGAAUCCCCAUCCUCGCCCUCAGACACCAGUGAGUCAUCAACCGCGCUCCCUGAGCAACAAAGCCGUGGGACCCCAAACACAAUCCAGGAGUCUGCCCUCUGGAGCUUAUAGUGCUGAGGGAAGAACAGGCUGGGACAGGAGGAGGAGGAGAAAAGAGGCAGAGAUUAUGCGCUCAGGCUGGAGGCUUGUCAGGGGUGUGGACAUAAGAACAGGGCAGGGUACAAGAGGGUGAAGCAGUUGGUGCUGCUGUUUGUACAUUUGGACACCAAGCCUGAAAUUAGUUCCAGCAGAGGGAAUUAGACUUGAGGAGACCCACGUCCGUCUGACAAAUAGUCAUCAUGCUCUUCCUUAUUGGCAUCUUCAUCCUCCACAUCUCGGCCAUCGUCCUGCUCCUGGUGGCUACUAUUGACAAUGCCUGGUGGGUAACGGACACCAUGCGCACUGAUAUUUGGGCUCGGUGGGAUCAGAUUAAUGGAGUUUGGAACUACACAGACCUCCCCACAGGGUCAGACUACCCACAAGAUUACCUCCAGGCAGUGCAGGCGACCUCAGUGCUGGCGUGCAUCUUCUCCAUCAUUGCAGCUCUUGUGUUUUUGGCUCAGCUCUUCACUCUUCCAAAGGGACACAGGUUCACCAUCGCUGGCGCGUUCCAGCUGCUGGCCUGCUUGUUCAUCAUGAUUGCAGCCUCCAUCUACACAAACCGUUUCCAUGUCAACGAGAAACAGGGCAACUACGGCCACAGCUACAUCCUGGCAUGGAUCGCCUUCGGCCUGACAUUCUUCUCCUCCAUAACUUACUUUGUGCUACGUAAGAAGUCGGCGUGAGGCGGAGCUGGGAGCAGCUGAUCCUGUGGUUCUGUCUGACUGGACCUGUGCUCAGGCAGUAAAGGUUUUGGACUUUAGACUGUUGGUUGUGAACGCCGUCAAACACAGAUGUAUUUGAUUCCAGAGAUGGAUCUCCUUCAUUGUAUCUAAGGAAUGAUUUUCUUGCUAAUUAAAUAA